AGUUGACACAGACUGUCAAGAAACGCUGUCGGCUGUCGGUCAAAAAAUUACAAAAUAAAAAAAUCGGCCCUUUCUGCAAUAUUUUAUUUAAUUGACUAAUGUUGCUGAAGGUUAUCUCAUAUUCAAGCAGUUUGUUUUCGCCAAGAGGUUUAAACCUCAUUCAGAAAGUUCCUAAAUUCAACCUGUGUGAGUGUGCAAGCAAAAUGUCAACAGCUCUGGAAGCUAUACCGAAAGUAGAUAUAGACCCUACAGGAGUAUUCAAGUAUAUAUUGCUGAAUGUGUACGACAAAACAAAGGUUAAUGUUGAACCAGUUGUAAUCGUUCGUGGUUAUAAGCGAUGCAAUUACCAUUCAGAUAUUUAUGAUGAGGUGCAGGAAAGACUACAACCAUUAGACUGUGAGCCUCUAGGUGGAGGAAGAAUAUCUCAUGAUGCAGAAAACAAAAAGAUUCAUAUCUAUGGUUACUCUCAGGGCUACGGCAAAGCAGACCAUGAGGUCACUGCCAAAUUGAUCAAGAAGGCCUUCCCUGGUUACGCCAUCACUGUCAGUGAUGAGGGAUAUUAAACUUACUGUGAUUGUUCAACAUCUUAUGCUAUUUAUACUUGUGAAAUAAAAAAUGUAAAACAUAA